AUGGCAAUCUCUAUGUUUCAUCUCAAGGGCUUCAUCCCUUUACUCAUUCUAGCACUCACAUUAACAUGUGUAGCCUCGGCUCGAAUCCUUGACGAGGAGGUGGAGGUGGCCGCCCCAGUGGUGCCACCUGAGGCAUCUGAUCCUGUGGAAACACCAGUAUCUGGUGGAGCUGCUGGUGGUGGUGGUGCUGCUGCUGUUGCUGGUGGUGGUGCAGCUGUGGGAAGUGGUCCUGCUUCAGGCAUUGAGAAUCCUGAUCAUACACUCUCCUUCUUCAUGCAUGACAUACUCGGUGGGUCCCGCCCCUCAGCUAUUGCCGUCACUGGUGUCGUAGCCAACCCAGCUGUCAGCGGCCAGGUCCCCUUCGCCAAACCUAAUGGAGCCGUCCUCCCGGUUAACAAUGGCAUCCCUACAAACAAUGCCAACGGUGGAAUUGUCAACAACAACAACAUUCCCUUCCUCACCGGCCUUAGCGGAUUCACCUCGAACGUAAUGCAAAACAACAACGGGAACAACAUAAUAGGUGGUUCCCCCGGGUUCCCUGCCCUGAACAGUGCACAAUUCCCUUCCGGGACAACAUUCCAGAAACUCAUGUUUGGGACAAUGACAGUGUUCAAUGACGAAUUGACAGAAGGGCACGACCUUGGAUCAGGCCUGGUCGGAAAAGCGCAAGGAUUUUACAUAGCAAGUUCAGAAGAUGGAAAUAGCCAAACAAUGGCAUUCACUGUAAUGUUUACCAGUGGAAGCUAUGCUGAUAGUCUUAGCCUAUUCGGGGUCCACCGGACCGCGGUUGCCGAAUCCCAUCUGGCCAUUAUGGGUGGCACAGGGAAGUAUGUUAAUGCUAAGGGAUUUGCCACUGUGAAAACUUUCGCAGUCACAAACCAGCAUGAGACUGAUGGAGUUGAGACUUUGCUGCAGAUCAAUGUGUACCUUGCCUAUUAG